GCAGAAAGAGAAUGAAAGAAGUAGAUAAUCUUGACAGUAUAAAAGAACAAUGGGUUUGUGAAACAAGACCUCCUGACAAUCAGCCCCUCAUUGAUAUUCAACAAAAGGACUGUGAAUAUUUUGCUCAUAGCCUUUUUGAGGAAGUAGAGAAGGUUGGUGGCAAACGCUCGUCCCCCACUAAACAGAAGAAACAGGUAGAUACAAAUAUAAAAUUGUGGAAAAAUGGAUUCACUGUCAACGAAGAUUUUAGAAGUUACUCUGAUGGUGCAAGUCAGCAGUUUCUGAACUCCAUCAAAAAGUGGGAGUUACCUUCAGAAUUACGGGGAGUUUUUGAUAAAGAGGAGGUGGAUGUUAAAGUUGAAGAUAAGAAAAAUAGGUAUUGCUACACUAAACCUCUGUUCCAGCUCUUCUCAGGACAGGGCCACAGACUAGGAAGUGCUACACCAAAAAUCGUUUCUAAAGCAAAGAGUAUCGAGGUUGACAACCAAAGCACGUUGUCUGCUGUCUCACUGAACAAUUUGGAGCCCAUUACCAGGAUCCAGCUCUGGUUAGCCAAUGGGGAAAGGACCGUCCAAAGAUUUAGUGUUUCUCAUAGGGUGAGCCACAUCAAAGACUUCAUUGAAAAAUACCAGGGAUCCCAGAGAAGCCCUCCAUUUGCCCUGGCAACAGCUCUUCCUUUCCUCAGAUUUCUGGAUGAGACUCUCACAUUGGAGGAAGUAGAUUUGCAGAAUGCUGUAAUCAUUCAGAGACUCCAGAAAACUGCCGAACCUUUUAGAAAACUCUGAUAGUUUUGAUUUCGAGAGGCUGAGUGAAAUGAUGGUUGGAAGUGGACAUCCCGAAGUGGGAGACAGAAGUCAAUGUGACUGAAUUUGUGCUUUGAGCACUACUUAAUUCCUUAAGAUGGGGGUUCUAAUAAUCACAAGUUAGGAGAGUACAUAUGGCUGGAAGCCACAACCUGCAUACUUUUCUCAAAAGGCUACUCAGAAAAAAAAAUAUACCCAUUUUCAAAUACUAGUUAGCAGAUAAGAUAUAUUAAAUAGCUGUAUCUUUAAUCUUAAUGUGAUCUAAAUUAGCAGAGCAUUCACAGCAUCAUCAUUCAAACAUUAUUUCCAACAGCAGAUAUUGUAUAAGUGUGAGCUAUCUCAGUUUUAAAAUAGCAAUACAUUAAAAUAUUACACGUGGUAUGUUAAAAGCAUCAAUGGAAUUAUUAUAUUUCCUAUGCCUCAUCUUCAGAGUUUCUCAGUUUUCACUCUGUGAUGGCAAG